AUGGGCGAGGAGGAGCCGCUGCUGAGCCCGGCAGCUCUGUGCUCGCUGCUGCUGUGCUCCACUCAGGUGCCUCUGGCUUGCGCGCUGUCGCUGUACUUCGGGCAGCGAUGUUCUCCACUGGACCGGGCGCUCCUGGCCUGGCUCUUCUAUGACUGCAUCGUGCACUUUACCCUGGAAGGUCCAUUUGUUUACAUGUCCUUGACAGGGACUGUGGCUCAAUCCGAUAACAUUCUUGCUUUUCUGUGGCAAGAGUAUGGAAAAGCAGAUGCAAGAUGGCUUUACUCAGAUCCUACCAUUGUAUCGUUAGAAAUCCUGACAGUGGUGCUGGAUGGGUUUUUAGCACUGGUUCUUAUUUAUGCGAUUGUGAAAGAUAAAUACUACAGGCACUUUGUGCAGAUCACAUUAUGUGUUUGUGAACUGUACGGUGGCUGGAUGACCUUCUGCCCUGAUUGGCUCAUUGGAAGCCCAAACUUGAAUACCAGCAACUGGCUUUACCUCUGGGUCUAUCUGGCUUUCUUCAAUGGGGUCUGGCUGGUUGUUCCAGGUCUGUUGCUAUGGCACUCUUGGCUCAGUCUCAAGGAAACGCACCGAAAGAAAAUAGAUGCAGAGAAAAAAGCAAGAUAGAUGAUAAUUCUGCCAAUACAUCCAGAAGGAAAUGGAUCCUCUCUAAGUUUUAUGUUUAAGAAAAGUUUAUGGAAUUCCAUCAAAAAUACUUGAUUUCUUUCACAUUCAAUUUAUAUAUUUUUUUUACAGUUGGUUAAAUGUUCAAUUACAUUACAUCAUUCACAAGCAAUAUUUUCUCUUUUUAAUAACAUCAAUAUGAACUGUAUGUUGAGAAAUCAUGAGGUUAUUGUCAAAUGCUAAGAAUGGACUUGCAUUUAUAUGGACCUUUCACAGCCUCUGAAUAUCCUAAAGCAGUUUACAGCCAACAAAGUCCUUUCAAAGGGCAGUGAAAUGUAACAAUUAAAAGAGCGACAUGUCGAUUAGCUACAUCCUGAUUUGCUUUGUUGAGCAGUCAGGAUGUGAUGCAGGCAAUGUUGGCUUUAGAUCUGAUGGAUAGUGACUAUUAGUUCAUAAAAUGAUGAAGACCCUUAUGCCAGUAUCAAGUAUUGGAGUUCCCUUUUAAUUUUUCCACGCUGUUGUAUUUUUAACUAUCCAUUUGGUUUUAAUCUUUAAAAUGUUUACUAUAUUAUAACAACAUCUUUACUUCAACAUUAGUUAACUGACUGUAGAAUUAAAGGUGUUAUAGGAAUACAUAUAUUUUCUCUUCUUUCAAAAAAAAUGUUAAAACUGCAAGAUUUAGUUGUGUGUCCCAAAACAUGAACUUUAGUUUCUUUGGAUUGAAGAAGGAAGCUUCAUUUGGUUUAUUUUGUCAAAAAUUUUAAACAAUUUUGCUUUAUAUUGUCAAUCCUUAAGAUAUUUUUAAAGUUUAUGCUGUUCUUCAAUCUCCAGUGAAAUGGAAAGUCUCAAAUUUUUCAUUAUGUAUUUAAAGUCUUCCAUUUGAUCCAAUUUAGAGGGUGCCAUAAUAACUGUCUCACUUACAAAAUGCAAUAUGUUACCUGCUGAUGUAACAGAGAUUCUGAUUUAUACUAUUACCAUUAAACUUCUUAGGUCUUCAUUCUACCUCCCAGACUGUUUCACUUCAAAGAAAAUGUUUAAACGCAUGAGCUACUGUUCAGACAUUCUGAAUUACUGUUGGAAUUGCCCUAUCUGUGUACUGGUAUGAAGAGUUUAUCACAGGUUAGUGUUUUCCCCACCCACGUUGAUUCUUCUUGUUUUGCUGAUUAAUGUGAUGUAGAGGUGUCCAGGGGAGCCCAACUCAUUGGUAUGUAAUAGCAACUAUUGUGUAAGAAUUGAUUAUUGAUGUUAUCUUUGCAGAUUUGUUCAAUGAAGUUCAAAAUAUUUUGUUGUUAUAAUCUCAGAUUUAUUGCAC